AUGUUAGAAGAAAUAAUCGCUUGUUUUUUGUCCUUGUUUUCUGGCUUAACUUUGGAUGCUCCACGACUUUCUCGAGAAUUGAACGACAGUACAAGUCCAUCGAACCAACGAACACGCUAUACAUGGGAGGAUACAAUUCACAAAGAAUACGUCUCGUUUGAAGAAGAUAAUCUACCAUCAGAAACAGAGUAUGUACAACUAGGGUAUGAACUGCGAAACAAGCCUAGUUAUAUCCAGUCGUUACUCAGAAGUCUGAAGGCAAACUUUACCAUAACCUUAGCUGUACUGCCUUUGGCACUUAUAGGGAUAGCUCUUAUAUAUUUUGAUUUAAGAACAGUUGAUUUAUGUUUGCAAUGGGAGGAUAAAAACUAUACUCUCUCAUUUGAUGUUAGGAGAAUACGAUUAAUCGGCAAAGGAUUUCAGAAAGUGAUAUUGUAUCUCUGGUUUCCAUUGUUUCUUGUUGUUUUAUUUGGUUGGAGCGAAUUUAAGCGUCAUUAUUCUUCAACUAUCUUAGUAGGCCAACUGGCUGGUUUAUUUAAUACAUUAUAUUUAACUUUUUUACUCCUAUAUGGUAUUCAUAAUACCCGUUCGAUCAAAAGUCACGACGUUCCAGCAAUUUUAACAUUUGCUGUCGCUACUCUCUGGGAAUCUGCAAUCGUGGUGCGCAAUAUUCGAAUUCAACAAAAUCAACCAACUGUAUCCUACUCAGGUCGCCAUAUUUUCUCGGUUCUUGCAGUACCAGCAUUGAGCACCUUGGCAAUGGCAGUGUUUUACAAAUACGCGGUUGUUAAGUGGUUUAAUUCUCUCGAUAAUGUGUUGUAUCAAUUCAUAUUGGCCAUCUUGACACCGACCUUAGCACUGGUGCCAACUACUAUAUGUAGGCAUAUGGCAUUAUGGCGUACUUCAGAGAUUAUCGAGCCAGAGCGAAGCUUCGCGUUGGUUUAUUUCAUACGGGCAAUGUUCAUUACUCUGUAUCGUAUCAUGCAAUCAGAUUUUGAAAAUAUCUGGUUGUUUGUCGGGCUAUCUCUUCUAUCUGGUGUUUCGAGCCUGCUUAAAACAGCGACUGUUGGUAUUCGUGAGAAAGUAUGGGUGCGAGUUAUCAGGUUUCUGAACAGAACUUGUUGUGCAAGACUUCACCAUUUGCCUGGAAACACACCACAUCAUAGGCGGCUGAAAGCAGACACCGAGAUACAAAAUAUACUUUUUGAGAACAAUUCACUGAUUCUAAGCCAAUCGUACAUCGUUUUAUAUACGAUUACAAAAUUUCAGGUCUGUGAUUGGUCUGUCGUGAAGUCAUCUUUAACGAGAAUUGCUAUUGGAUUGGUGAUUGAAUUCGUGUUCAACUUUUUGUCUACUUUUAUUCGGAUACAUUGGCAUAAUAUUCCCAUAAUGCGAGUGUAUUCGAAGUACUGGAAACGACAUGUGUUUGCUAACAUUAUCGUUGUUGCAGUUUUAGUAUGCUACUUUACUAACCCCUUGGUCGCAAUAUUUCAAAAUCGUUUUCAUGAUUCUGGUGCAGGGAAUUAUACUAUUAGAAACUGUACUCUGCCUUAUGAAAACUGGCGUUGA